AAUUACACCAGUGCCCGAAUUACUUUGUCACAGCUGUGUUUUUAUUUAUUUGUUCGAUAACAUGUCUGUACAUAAAAAUAUUAUAUUUGGCCACCAAAACCUUGUCCUGCCGGUUCAUAUGAAUUAUGGAAAACACUUUCUUGAACAAAUUAUAGACUUUGAGGAUAAAGUUGCUCUUAUAAAUGGAGUUACGGAACAACACAUUACAUACGCCGAAUUGGCCCAGCAAAUAUUAAAUGUCGCUGCGAGCUUGCAGCGUUUCUUAAAGAAAAAUGAAGUGGUUGCUAUCUGUAGCGAAAACAGAAUUGAAUUCAUAGUUGCUGCAAUUGCGGCGCUUUAUAUUGGUUCUGUGGUUACCUUCAUUAAUAGUGCUUAUAGCAAAGAUGAGCUCGUGCAUGCUGUCAGUAUUUCAAAACCAAGAUUUGUGUUCUUGUCAGAGGACGCAUACAACAAGCACGCCAAGAGUUUUCUCCACGUUAGAUUUAUCCGAAAGUACUGCGUUUUUGGUAACUCUCUUAACAAAGCAAGAACUUUAUCUUUCACGGACCUAGCUAAGGAAUUCGCUGAUAGUAAAUCCAUAAUACCCGCAGACUUCUACGGCAGAUCAGAAACAGCCAUCAUUCUCUAUUCAUCUGGUACUACAGGUUUACCUAAAGGAGCUAAAAUCACACAUGUUAACAUGAUUGUUACGUCACAACAACCAGAACCAACCUCGCGAAAUUUAAGAACACUCAUGGUCGCGCCGUGGUGUACUUGUAUGGGAUGGGAUCUUACAACAAAAUGCCUCUUUAAUGGCAAAACUGUUGUUUUCCUUUCUAGAUUCAAUGAGCAAUUAUAUUUAGAGGUUAUUGAAAAAUAUAAGGUUGGAUUUCUCGUGAUAGCUCCCCCUUUAGUAGUAAUGUUGUGCAAGUCAACAAUAUUAAAGAACUUUGAUGUGAGCUCGGUGAAAACGAUGAUAAGCGGUGGUGCACCCCUUGAUGAUAAGAUAAUCAAUAAAGCAAAGCAGAGAUUCCCAAACCUGCGUAUCGUUCUACAAGGAUAUGGCAUGACUGAAGCUACGGGAGCCGUUACCACAGAAACGGAAACCAUGAAUAAGCAAGGCCGCAGUUGUGGAAAAAUUAUGCCUGGAAUUGUCAUCAAGGUGGUAGAUUUAAAAACAAGACAACCUUUAGGGCCCAACCAACAAGGUGAAGUAUGCGUGAAAGGAUCAGCUCUGUUCAAUGGCUAUGUCUGCAAAAAGCAAGAGCUUGAUGAAGAUGGCUUUUAUAGAACUGGCGAUAUUGCAUAUUAUGACAAAGAAGGUUUCUUCUACGUAGUUGAUAGAUUGAAAGAACUCAUCAAAUACAAGGCUUGGCAGGUGGCACCUUCCGAACUCGAAUCAGUGAUACUUCAGCAUCCAGCAAUAAAAGAUGUUGGUGUUGUUGGUAUCCCUGACAAGGUGGCUGGUGAGGUACCGGUUGCAUUUGCUGUGAAGAAAGGCAUAGUCAGUGAAAAAGAACUUAUGGAUUUCGUCUCAUCUAAGGUAUCACCAUGGAAAAGACUAAGAGGGGGAGUAAGAUUUAUCGACGAGAUCCCGAAGACUGGAAGCGGAAAGAUUCUUCGAAAACAACUGCGCGCAAUGCUUGAAAUUGUUCCUACGAGCAAAUUGUAA